UCGGCGUUUUUGCCACUUGUACCCGAGUCCUAGAUCUUCAGCAUGUCGGAGACUGCUCCUGCCGCUCCUGCCGCCGCGCCCCCGGCGGAGAAGACCCCAGUCAAGAAAAAAGCUGCCAAGAAACCGGCUGGGGCGCGCCGUAAGGCCUCCGGGCCCCCGGUGUCGGAGCUCAUCACCAAGGCUGUUGCCGCUUCCAAAGAGCGCAGUGGCGUAUCCCUGGCUGCGCUCAAGAAGGCGCUGGCGGCCGCUGGCUACGAUGUGGAGAAGAACAACAGCCGCAUCAAGUUGGGUCUUAAAAGCCUGGUAAGCAAGGGAACCUUGGUGCAGACUAAGGGCACCGGUGCCUCCGGCUCUUUUAAGCUCAACAAGAAGGCGGCCACUGGGGAAGCCAAGCCCAAAGCUAAGAAAGCGGGUGCGGCCAAACCCAAGAAGACUGCUGGGGCAGCUAAGAAGCCCAAGAAGGCCGCGGGCGCGGCCACUCCGAAAAAAAGCGCUAAGAAGACCCCGAAGAAGGCGAAGAAGCCAGCGGCGGCUGCUGUAACCAAGAAAGUGGCUAAGAGUCCAAAGAAGGCUAAGGCUCCCAAGCCUAAGAAGGCUGCCAAGAGCGCAGCUAAAGCAGUGAAGCCCAAAGCCGCCAAGCCCAAGGUUGCCAAACCCAAGAAGGCUGCACCCAAAAAGAAGUAGAUUGUUGAGCUUCUGCUUCUUUAAACCCAAAACGGCUCUUUUCAGAGCCACCACUGAUAUCAAAAAAAGAGCUGUACAUGCCUGCUUUA